CGGGGCCGCAUUCGCCAUUUUGGUUGUUGCCCGGGCGCCUGGACCGAGUUUCUCGGAACUCUCGGGGUCGUUGGUCUGUUCGUCCGUCUGCUCUUUUACCCGGCUCCGCUCCCUGCUUCGGCCAGUUCACUGCGGCCCGACGAUGUCUCCUUCUUGAGAGGCCCGCUCGCUGCUCCAGCGCCCGGAUUGUCGUUUCCCCCUCCCCACCGCCCACCCACUCCCGAGACAUGGUGCCCAAUGAGGAGAACCGGCUGUUACCCCGGGAGGUUCAGCAUUGAGGUGUGUCAAACCCAGGAGCCUGAUGGUUGAAGGGUAAUAACUGUUUUUAAACCUGGUCGUGUGGGUACUGAAGCUGCUGUAUCCCCUCCCUGAUGGCAGCAGUGAGAAGACACGAUGGCGUGGAUGGUGGGGGUCCUUGAGGAUGGAUAUUGCUUUCUUAUGGCAGUGCUGCUGGUAUAUGGGAUGUUUUGGAGUUGCAGACAAAGUAUCUUUGAGGAAAUGAAGAAGAAAUUCUCUCAGUCAGAGACGGCGGCAGAUGAACCACGGGUACUCUGUAUUAUUCAGGACACCACAAAUGCUAAGUCGGUCACUCAGCGGAUCACUCUCAACCUCCCUGCAUCAACUCUCGUCAAGCAGCUGUUUGAGGACGUCUCAGCUAAAGCAGGCUACGUCAAUGGCACCUUCGAGCUGGUCUGGAGCAACGGUCUUAACAAUCCUGACCAGAGCCCUCUGGAUUACGCCAGUGAAAAAUCUCUUACUGAUUCGGGAUUUGAAGCAGGAAAGAAAAACUUCCUUCACCUUACAGAUAAGGAUGGAGAGCAGCCCCAGUUUGCAUCGGAUGAGUCUGGCACGGCAGAAAGCAGUGGGCAUGACCUCAGUACUCAGGAAAGGAUUAUUGGUCCUCAACUGAGGGAGAACUCCGUCGGUUGUGGAGAUUACAGUAAUCACAGCUACUCGUAUUCUCCCAUCUUGGGAAAGUCUGAAACUGGAUAUGUGGGAUUGGUGAAUCAAGCUAUGACCUGCUACCUGAACAGCUUGCUGCAGACGCUUUUUAUGACUCCUGAGUUUAGGAAUGCACUCUACAGGUGGGAGUUUGAAGGUGAGGAAGAUCCGGUCACCAGCAUUCCAUACCAACUCCAAAGGCUCUUUGUUUUGUUACAAACGAGUAAGAAGAGAGCGGUGGAAACGACAGAUGUGACGCGCAGCUUUGGCUGGGAUAGCAGCGAAGCCUGGCAGCAGCAUGACGUUCAGGAACUGUGCCGAGUCAUGUUUGAUGCACUCGAACAAAAAUGGAAGCAAACAGAACAGGCUGACCUCAUUAACCAGCUCUACCAAGGGAAGUUAAAGGACUACGUGAAGUGUCUGGAGUGUGGCUAUGAGAGCUGGAGAAUUGAUACGUACCUCGACAUCCCACUGGUGAUCAGGCCCUAUGGUUCCAACCUUGCAUUUAAUAGUGUGGAAGAAGCUUUGCAAGCGUUUGUCCAGCCUGAGACCCUGGAUGGCCCCAACCAAUACUUCUGUGAGCGCUGUAAGAAAAAAUGUGAUGCCCGCAAGGGAUUGAAGUUCCUUCAUUUCCCGUAUCUACUGACACUGCAGCUGAAGCGGUUUGAUUUUGACUACACCACCAUGCACAGAAUAAAGCUGAACGAUCGGAUGACGUUUCCAGCUGAGUUGGACAUGAGUCCUUUCAUAGACUUUGAAGAAGAAAAAUCUCCUCAGACUGAGAGCUGCACAGAUAGUGGUGCUGAAAAUGAAGGGAGUUGUCACAGUGAUCAGUUGAGCAAUGACUUCUCCAACGACGAUGUUGUGGACGAAGGCAUCUGCCUGGACAAUAGCGGCACUAGCGAUAAAACUUCAAAAGCAGGCAACGAAAAGAGUGGCUGGAUUUAUGAACUCUUCUCGGUGAUGGUUCAUUCGGGCAGUGCUGCAGGUGGACAUUACUACGCCUGUAUUAAAUCAUUCAGUGACGGGCAAUGGUACAGUUUCAACGAUCAGCAUGUGAGCAGGAUCACUCAGGAUGAUAUCAGGAAAACGUAUGGUGGCUCUGCAGUGACCAGAGGUUACUACUCAAGCGCCCUUGCUAGCUCGACCAAUGCGUACAUGUUAAUUUACAGACAAAAGGAGUCCACAAGGAAUGCAAAGUUCUUGGAAGUGCAUGACUUUCCAAAGCACAUUGAACAUCUGGUCCAGAAGGAGAAAGAAUCAGAAGAACAAGAAAAAAGGCAGAAGGAAAUUGAACGCAACACUUGCAAGAUUAAGCUAUUUUGCAUGCACCCCGUGCGGCAGGUAAUGAUGGAGAACAAACUGGAGGUCCACAAAGACAAAUCGUUACGGGAGGCUGUGGAGAUUGCAUGCAAGCUUAUGGGCCUAAAAGAUGUACUUCCGUUGGAUUGCUGCCGGCUGGUCAAGUACGAUGAGUUCCAUGAUUACUUGGAGCGUUCAUACGAGGGUGAGGAGGAUACUCCUAUGGGCCUACUCCUGGGCGGAGUCAAGUCCUCUUAUAUGUUUGACUUGCUGCUGGAAACGAAGCAACCUGAUCAGAUUUUCCAACCGUACAAGUCAGGAGAAGUGAUGGUGAAGGUGCACGUGGUUGACCUGAAGACAGAAACGCUGGCUCCGCCCAUCAGUGUUCGGGCCUAUCUUAACCAAACAGUGGCCGAGUUCAAACAGAUCAUUUCCCAGGCGACAGGACUCUCUGCUGAACACAUGCGCAUUGUCCUGGAGCGCUGUUGCAAUGAUCUGCGGCUGCUUCAUGUACUCAGCAAGACACUGAAGGCUGAAGGAUUCUUCCGCAGUAAUAAGGUAUUUGUUGAAAGCUCGGACGCGCAGGAUAAUCAGGUGCCAUUCACUGAAUCGCAUCUCUGGCAUCUGCUGGACCAGCACUCCAACACCAUUCGGUUGUACGUUUCAUUACCAGAGCAGUCACCAGGCUCCCAGGGACUGAGGUACCUGCAUCAGAAAGCAGCAGGGGAUCCCGCCAGCCAGGAGGACAGCUGUGAGUCUACAAGGGGGUCCUCACGCAGGAAGCCAGUGGAGGCAAUUUUGGAGGAGAGCACAGAGAGACUGAGAAACCUUUCACUGUUGCAGCACCAGCAGCAGUCUUCCUGCAGUUUGGGAGGGAAUGGCGAUGGGCCGAGAAGCGCUGAAGGCAGUGACUUUGAAACAAUUGAGUCCCCAUCUCAACAUCUUAAAUUGUCGGUGUCUGUGGACAACAGAGAACUGGAGAACCGGAUUCCCUCGUGUGACGCUGAGGCACCAUUGCAGUCAGAGGAGCGGUCGGACUCCGAUGUAAACAAUGACAGGAGCACCAGCUCUGUGGACAGUGACAUCCUCAGCUCUAGCCACAGUAGUGACACUCUGUGCAACGCCGACACCGUCCCCAUGUCCCUAACCAACGGCUUGGACUCCCACAGCAUCACAUACAGCCGGCGCUCAAAGGCCAGCGAAGGGAAGAAGGAAACAUGGGACACAGCAGAAGAGGAUUCGGGGACGGAUAGCGAGUACGAUGAGAACGGAAAGGGCAGAGGACUUGCGCGGAAUAUUUACUUCAAAGCAGAACAGUGCGCAUCAGAGGAUGGAUCAGGUGAUGGACAGAGAAAUUUGUUGGUGUUUGUUGAUAAACGCAUCACCCUGGCUGCAUUCAAGCAGCAGUUGGAGCCUUAUAUCGGAGUUCCAUCGUCCCAGUUUAAGAUCUUCCGAGUCUAUGCUAACAGCCAGGAGUUUGAGAGUGUUCGAUUAAAUGAAACUCUUUCAUCGUUCUCUGAUGACAAUAAGAUAACCAUUCGACUUGGGAGAGCUCUGCGGAAAGGAGAAUAUCGUGUUAAAGUGUACCAGCUGCUGGUGAAUGAUCCAGAGCCUUGUAAAUUUCUCCUCGAUGCUGUGUUUGCUAAAGGCAUGACAGUGCGUCAAUCAAAGGAGGAACUUCUGCCGCAGCUGAGAGAGCAGUGUGGCCUCGAUCUCAGCAUCGACAGGUUUAGGCUCAGGAAAAAGACUUGGAAGAACCCUGGAACAAUCUUUCUAGACUACCACGUCUACGAGAAUGACAUUAACAUCUCGAGCAACUGGGAGGUUUUCCUCGAGGCACUUAAUGAACCUGAGAAGAUGAAGUCCCUGUCCCAGCUGGCAGUGUUGACCAGACAAUGGAGGCCGUCACAGAUGAAGCUGGACUCGUUCCAGGAGGUUGUCCUGGAGAGCAGCAGUGUGGAAGAACUGAAGGAGAAGUUACACGCAAUAAGUGAAAUUCCCAUUGAGAACAUCGAAUUUGCUAAGGGCAGGGGGACGUUUCCCUGUGAUAUUUCGGUGUUGGAAAUACAUCAAGAUUUAGACUGGAAUCCGAAAGUUACAACUCUGAACGUCUGGCCACUGUACAUCUGUGACGAUGGAGCAGUCAUCUACUACAGGGACAGGACUGAGGCGCUGAUGGACAUGACUGAGGAACAGCGCAGUGGCCUGUUGAAGAAGGAGAGCAGCCGUCUGCAGAAAUCGGGCCACAGGGUGAACUACUCUCCCCGCAAGGAGAAGGCACUGAAAAUCUACCUGGAUAGCGGCCCCAGCAAGGACUCCAGCCAAGAAUGAGACCUGGCCUGGUUCACUGUAGCUCAGCUCUCUGCUUGAUGGAAACAGAACCGAUUCACCACUGCUGUGGCUGCCCCCAUUCACCAUUAGGUCUACCUAAUGACACCAGCACUGAUUGGCUAUUUUUGCCCACCAAUCGGAAACCGAGUGGGGACAACCAACUCCAAAUCAUGUCGUGCACUAUCAUAUAUCAUCCUGUCAAGGAAGUGCAAACAGUGAGGGAAAAUUAGGGUAUAAUGUGGGCUCUGCACAUACUCAAUGGAAAAGCUAGACCCCCUUCACAUACGGGAUUCUGUAGCUGAAUAAAGGCUGUGCACAGUCCAAAGAAUUUGUCAUUUAUUUUCAGCACGUAUCUCAUCGGUGAAUUUUAAAAUAAGGC